AAUAAUAAUUCUUUUUUAUUACCAGCGGCAAUGGGAACGCAGAAAUAUUUAAAAACGUUGAAAUUCGGCAACGCUCAAAAAUCGAACCAGAUGCCCUUAUCCUCUCCCUCAGUGAUGUCGUCACUAGUGACGGUAACAAAAGUCAAGACCUUGCAGAAAAUGAAAAACAUUACUCAAACCGCAACUAGUUGCCAACAUAUACUUCUUCCUACAACUUUCCUUUAUAACUCUGAAGCCUUCUUUGCCCACUGUGCAUUCAUCCAAUUCCAUUCAAUUGCAAGAAAGGGACACACAUACCCAAAUCCAAACAUGCCCACAACACAAACCCACGUCCUCGCCUAUCCCUUCCCAUCUUCCGGUCACGUGAUCCCUCUCCUUGACCUCGCUAAAAGACUAGUCUCUCGCGGCGUACACGUCACCGUUUUGGUCACCCCUUCUACCCAACUCUUAGUCCCAACCAACUAUUCCCCUCUUCUCCAAACCCUCCUUCUUCCUGCCCCUCAGUUUCCGAACCCGAACCAAAACAGGCUCGUUGCCAUGGUCACCUUCAUGCGCCACCAACACUACCCAAUCCUCCUCGAGUGGGCACGGGCCCACCCACUACCUCCCUCCGCCAUCUUGUCCGAUUUCUUCCUAGGUUGGACCCACAACCUCGCAAGUGAUCUCCACGUGCCGCGUAUGAUUUUCUCCCCCUCCGGUGCGUUCGGCCUCUCUAUUUCCUUCUCCCUCUGGCGCGACCUGCCUCAAAACGACAACCCUGAAGAUCCCAACUCCGUCGUUUCAUUCCCCAAUCUACCGAAUUCCCCAGUUUACCCCUGGUGGCAGAUUAGCCACCACUUCAAGGAGAACAAGAGAGGCGGACCAGAAUGGGAAUUUCACAGGGAAAACAUGCUCUUAAACCUCGACGCUUGGGGCGUCGUUUUCAACACGUUCACCGAGUUAGAACGAGUUUAUCUGGACCACGUGAAGAAAGAACUGGGCCACGGAAGAGUGUGGGCUGUGGGUCCGGUUUUGCCUCUUGAGGAUGGUUCGACCGGACCGGAAGUAGACCGAGGUGGGUCCAUUACCGUCUCGUGCCACGACCUCAUGAACUGGCUCGACUCGCAACCGAACGGUUCGGUGGUUUACGUCUGCUUUGGGAGCCGCACCUUUCUCACGAGCGCACAGAUGGACGUGUUAACACGUGCCUUGGAGCUAAGUGGGGUCCACUUCAUAUUAUCAGUAAGGGGUCCCGAUGAGCGACAUGUGGCACUAGACCAAGGUGCGAUACCGAGUGAGUUCGUGGAUCGGGUGCGGGGCAGGGGAUUUAUAAUCGAAGGGUGGGCCCCGCAACUAGUUAUACUGAGUCAUCGCGCUGUGGGAGCGUUCUUGACUCACUGUGGGUGGAACUCGGUGCUUGAAGGGUUGGCUUCUGGGGUGGUGAUGCUGACGUGGCCAAUGGGUGCGGAUCAGUUCACCAACUCGAAGUUGCUUGUGGACCAGCUGGGCGUUGCGGUUCGAGCCGCAGAAGGGACCGAGAAGGUUCCAGAACCGACCGAGCUGGCUAAGAGGAUAGAGGAGUCUCUGGGAAGGACUAAAGAGAGGGUGCGAGCUGAAGAGUUGAGAGACGCAGCCUUGGGUGCCGUAAAGAAGGAUGGAAGCUCCCAUAAGCAGUUGGAUGCACUUGUGAAGCAGCUCAAUGAACUUAAAAAUGAGCAAGUCGCCAUUUGAAAAUUUUUACAGUUUUCGAAGUUCAUGCUACUGCAAAAAGAUUGCACUUGAUAAGGUUUUAUAGUAAUAAAAAGAAAAAUUAGUAAGCAGUAGCCAACAAUUAAUGCAAAAAUGCUAACAACAAUUGUUUAAAAAAUUGUUCACGAUCUAUAUUUGAUCAAAUAUGACUUCCCUUAUCUUAAUAAUAUUCAUAGUUAGUUAGCACUAAUAAAACAUAAAUUAGAUGGAAGAAUAUGUGAGAAAUGAGGAACAAAUUGGUCU